GGGUGUCAGCCGGAUUGUGUUCAUUGAGGGAAACCUUAUUUUUUAACUGUGCUAUGGAGUAGAAGCAGGAGGUUUGCAACCUAGUGACAGUCACAGAGCAGCACCUACCCCCUCCUCCUUUCCACACCUGCAAACUCUUUUGCUUGGGCUGAAUAUUUAGUGUAAUUACAUCUCAGCUUUGAGGGCUCCUGUGGCAAAUCCCCGGAUUAAAAGGUUCCUUGGCUGUGAAAAUACAUGAGAUAAAUCAUGAAGGCCACCAUCAUCUUCCUCCUGCUUGCACAAGUUUCCUGGGCUGGGCCGUUCCAACAGAGAGGCUUGUUUGACUUUAUGCUAGAAGAUGAGGCUUCUGGGAUAGGCCCAGAAGAGGACCCUGGUGUGGAGUCGGCCCUAGAGCCUCUAGGACCUAUGUGUCCCUUCCGCUGUCAGUGUCACCUGCGAGUUGUCCAGUGUUCUGAUCUGGGUCUGGAAAAAGUGCCAAAAGAUCUUCCCCCUGACACUACGCUGCUUGACUUGCAAAACAACAAAAUAACCGAAAUCAAAGAUGGGGACUUCAAGAACCUGAAGAACCUUCAUACGUUGAUUCUUGUCAACAACAAAAUUAACAAAAUCAGCCCUGGAGCAUUCACACCUUUGUUGAAAUUGGAACGGCUUUAUCUAUCCAAGAAUCAUCUGAAGGAAUUGCCAGAAAAAAUGCCCAAAACUCUUCAGGAGCUGCGUGCCCAUGAGAAUGAGAUCACCAAAGUGCGGAAAGCUGUGUUCAAUGGACUGAACCAGAUGAUCGUCAUAGAACUGGGCACCAACCCACUGAAGAGCUCGGGAAUUGAAAAUGGAGCCUUCCAGGGAAUGAAGAAGCUGUCCUAUAUCCGCAUUGCUGACACCAAUAUAACUGCCAUCCCUCAAGGUCUUCCUCCUUCCCUUACUGAAUUACAUCUGGAAGGCAACAAAAUCACCAAAGUUGAUGCAUCCAGCCUGAAAGGACUGAAUAAUCUGGCUAAGUUGGGGCUGAGUUUUAACAGCAUUUCUGCCGUUGACAAUGGCACGCUAGCCAACACUCCUCAUUUGAGGGAGCUUCACCUGGACAACAACAAGCUGAUCAAAGUACCUGGUGGACUGGCGGAGCAUAAGUACAUCCAGGUUGUCUACCUUCAUAACAACAAUAUCUCUGCAGUUGGGUCUAAUGACUUCUGCCCACCUGGAUACAACACAAAAAAGGCCUCUUAUUCAGGUGUAAGCCUUUUCAGCAACCCAGUCCAGUACUGGGAGAUCCAGCCAUCCACCUUCCGAUGUGUCUAUGUGCGUUCUGCCAUCCAGCUUGGAAAUUAUAAAUAAUUCCCAAGAAAGCCCUCAUUUUUAUAACCUGGCAGAAAUUCCAUUAAUAUCAUUGCUCAAAAAAGAAAAAAAAAGAAAGCUAGAUACUGGAAACUUAACUGCAAUGUGGAUCUUUUUCCCACAUGAUUUAUAAUACAUAAAGCUGAAUAUGCAGUUGAAAUAAUUGCCUACAAUAAAAAAUAUUUUGCCUGCCA